AAGCCCUCGCCUUCAGCUGCUUCACAGAGCUCAUGAAGAGGAUGAACCAGAACUUCCCCCAUGGAGGUGCCAUGGACACGCACUUUGCCAACAUGAGGUCGCUGAUCCAGAUCCUGGACUCUGAGCUCUUUGAACUGAUGCAUCAGAAUGGGGACUACACUCACUUCUACUUCUGCUACCGCUGGUUCCUGCUGGAUUUCAAGCGAGAACUCAUCUAUGAUGAUGUCUUUUCUGUCUGGGAGACCAUCUGGGCAGCCAAACACGUCUCAUCUGCACACUACGUCCUGUUCAUCGCGCUGGCUCUUGUGGAAGUCUACCGCGACAUCAUCUUGGAGAACAACAUGGAUUUCACAGACAUCAUCAAAUUCUUUAAUGAAAUGGCUGAGCGACACAAUACCAAGCAAGUCCUAAAGCUGGCCCGGGACCUCGUGUACAAGACUAGUCUCAAAGUACAGCACAAGAUCUCUCCUCUGCCUUCUCUCGUGGUGUUCCAGAGAGCGUCUGUGGUUGUGAUUUGGAAUAACAUAUUCAUUUGGUUUACUGUGCUUAUUCAGAUAUCUGUACACUGUGUGUGUCUUUGUGUCCUGGAAUUGAACCUGUGAGAGUCGUUUUGUCUAUGGAGUGCCCUCUUUUUUCAGUGUUGCCCACAUAUCUUGUAAAUGUUUACUGAAGAGUUGUGUCUAUAUAUACAGAAAAUAUAUAUAAACAGAGAAAUAUGUGAA